AUGANAAACCAUACAUUGGUGACAACCUUUAUUCUUCUGGGAUUGACAGAAGACCCAAAGUGGCAAAUUGUAAUCUUCCUUUUCCUAUUUAUAACAUAUGUGCUGAGCAUCACUGGAAAUCUUACCAUCAUCCUUCUCACCCUGUUGGAUUCCCACCUCAAAACGCCCAUGUAUUACUUCCUUCAGAAGUUUUCCUUCUUAGAANUCUCUCUGACAUCUACUUGNAUCCCUAGGUUNCUGGUCAGCAUAGUGACCAUGGAUAAAACUAUUUCAGUGGAGGCUUGCUUCACACAGUUNUUUGCUNCCUUUAUCUUNGGNAUAGCACAGUUUUUCUUNCUGGCUGUCAUGUCCUAUGAUCGCUAUGUGGCCAUUUGUAGACCCCUUCAUUAUACAACCAUCAUGAACAACAGAGUGUGUACAUUGCUGUUUGUCAGCUGCUGUUUAAUUGCUGUGUUUGCGAUCUGCCCUGGAGUCAUUGUGAGUCUGAGUUUGGAAUUCUGUGAUACUAUUAUUGAACAUUUUUUCUGCGACUACUCCCCCAUCUUGAAGCUUUCCUGCAAUGAU